AUGUCGAUGGAGAAAAUUGAAGAGGACCGAAAAAAUAUCACAUUUGCCAACAAGACCCGGUAUAUUGUCUUGUUCAUCGGCUUAUGUUGCAUAUGUUUCACGAAUGGAAACUAUAAUGUCAUCAAUUUCUCAGUCAUUUGUAUGCAAGAUGUGAUAGAAAGUCAAUCAGUUCCAAAUCAAACUCAUUGGCUUGAAAAUACUGCUGACGUUUCUUUUAUAUUUUCUGCUGGAGCAGUUGGAGCUAUCGUUGGUUUGUUCCCAUCAGUCCCUCUUACAACAAAAUAUGGUGUCAGAAAUAUUCUUUCAUUCUAUGGAUUGUUAACAGCAUUCUCCACUUUGGCGUUUCCCCUUGCCGUCUCCAUCGGGUAUUAUCCAGUUAUUAUUGUCAGAAUGGCUCAGGGAUUCGGUGCAUCUAUUCUGUUUUCUGCAAUCGGUAGCAUUUCCGAGGGAUGGUCUCCAAUUUCUGAGAUUAGUACUUAUAUUGCAUUCCUUUCAGCGGGGUUUCAAAUUAGUAACAUUAUUCUCAUGCCAGUUUCUGGAGUUCUGUGUGAAUCUCAGUUGGGUUGGAGGUCUAUUUUCUAUUUGUUUGGUGGUGUCUCCGUCGUUUCUCAUCUCAUUUUCUUCUCAUUCUUCCGUGAUUCAGCUAAAGUUCACAGAAACGUGAGCCACAAAGAACUACGUAAAAUCUCAACGGGUAGACUGGAGACAACUGGAAGGCAGCCAGUUCCAUAUUUGGCUGUAUGCAAAGACAAAGUGAUUCUUUCCAUCUGGGCAGCUGCAAUCGGAGGAAAUAUGUCUCUGAUGGCACUCAUGACAUAUGGUCCGACUUAUCUUAACAAAGUAUUAGGUCUUGAUGUCAGAGAAACUGGAUUCUUGAAUGCAAUACCUUAUAUUCUGGCAACUGCAGUCAAAUUUGUAUCAGGACCUCUGUCAGACAACAUGACAUUUAUUCCUGAAACAUGGAGAAUGAUAUUCUUCGCAGCUAUUUCUCAACUGGGAUUGGCUAUUGGAUUUUUCGUCAUGGCUUUAACAGAUUCAAGACUUGUUGCACAAAUCGCUUACACAACCGCAAUUGUCCUCGCAGGGAUCAAUAUAGUGGGCGUCGUCAAGUGCGCUCAAAUGGUUGCUCGACAACAUGUCCACUUCGUGAUGGCUGUUAUAUCAUUGAGUGCAUGGGGAGCCAUAUUCGUUCUCCCUAUUAUAAUUGGAUUCGUUUGUCCGAAUCAUACAGCUUCCGAGUGGGCAGUAUUUUAUAUUGCUGUUGGAAUAUUCGUCAUUGCAAUGAAUAUUCCAUUCCCAUUCUUUGCUACGAUGGAAGCUGCUGAUUAUACGAAACCAGAAUGGGAGCAGAAGAAGAACGUCGUCGCUCCAGAGCAGAGAAUCUGA